AUGGCACCAAAGCGAGUUCUGAUUACUUAUGGCGUGGAUGUCGAUGCCGUGGCUGGUUGGCUGGGCUCGUAUGGCGGAGAGGACUCUACAAACGACAUCAGCAGAGGAUACUGGGCAGGAACCAUUGGCACUCAGCGUCUAUUGAAGAUGUUUGCUAAAUAUGACAUCAAGACGACAUGGUUCAUCCCAGGUCACUCGCUCGAGACCUUUCCCGAGGAUAUGGCAGCCGUUCGCGAUGCGGGACACGAGAUCGGCUUGCACGGAUACUCCCAUGAGAACCCGACAGAUAUGUCGAUCGAACAGCAACGCGAUGUGCUCGAUAAAACAUACAAGAUGCUGACCGAGUUUGCUGGGAAACCUCCUCGCGGUAGCGUGGCACCUUGGUGGGAAACCAGCCGAGAAGGCGCCCAACUCCUCCUCGACUAUGGCAUUGAGUACGACCACAGUAUGAGCCACGAAGAUUGCCAGGCCUACUACCUGCGGACCGGCGACAGCUGGACUAAGAUUGACUACAAGAAGAAGGCGGAAGAAUGGAUGAAGCCUCUUGAGCAUGGACCACAGACUGGUCUUGUUGAGAUUCCAUCCAACUGGUACAUUGACGACCUGCCACCAAUGAUGUUCAUUAAGAGUGCGCCGAACAGCCAUGGAUUUGUGAACCCGCGUGAUGUUGAAGAUAUCUGGCGCGACCAUUUCGACUACUUCUAUCGCGAGUAUGAUGAGUUUAUCUUCCCGAUUACUAUCCACCCGGAUGUUUCGGGGAGGCCUCAUGUGCUUCUUAUGCAUGAAAGGCUGAUUGAGCACUUCAAGAAACAUGAAGGCGUCGAAUUCGUGACUAUGGAACAAGUGUGUGACGAUUUCAAGCAGAAGAACGCGCCUCCACCAGGGGCAAUGAUGCCCGCAGAGGCAGGAGCUAUGCUAGAGAAGUGA